AUGGUUUUUAGAUGUUUUUUUUCUAAUUCUAUUUUAGAAAAUAAAAUUAUUCUUCUAAUGCCAGAAAUACCCCCAUCUUUCAGAGAGCGGAAGAAGGAUUUUUGCUGUGAGAGAUGGAGAAAUAGGAAUUGCGCAACAGAAAGAUUGAGCGAUGCGAGAGAAUCAAAAUUGAGCACUGCAGAAUGGAAUGAAGGAGAAAACAUUCUCGAUGUUAUAUAUGAUAAUGAUAAUUUAGAUGAUGAUGUUGAAGAAGGAGAGUCGGUGGACCCCAAUUCGAAAAAUGUUGUGGGACGAAGUAGUGCUGGAGAUAUCACUGAAGCAAAUCGAGAAUCUCAUGGCGAGAACUCAAAGUGUGGAGCUAGCAAGAAGAAGAAGAAGAAGAAGAAGAAGAAGAAGAAGAGGAAGGGCUUGGGAUCUAAAGUCAUGAGUAUAGACAGGAUCUUAUACUUGAGAAUAUGUCGAAAGUGAAAACCAAUUUGGAUUUAAUCCAAUGGCUCGGACAUGACAUGUCAAUUAACGUUUUCUCCUAUUUGGAUAAUCCUCGUGAUCUUGUUUGUGCAUCUGCUGUUUCUAGUUCCUGGAAUGAUUUCGUUAUUGAAAAUGGCCUCUGCAAGCAACUUUGCUUGAAAAUGAUUCCUGAAAUAUCUGGUGUUGUUCGUAGCAUUGAGGUUGACAACUUGUUUGUAGUUGAUGGCAACAAGGUGGGGUACUAUACAGAAAAACGAGAGCGUCUAAAUAGAAAUCAUAGAGUCUAUGCGCUCCUAGCUUUUUCUCUCAUUCCCAUGAACAACUGCAUCGCACAAGCCAUAUAUGCCUCCAGCACGAAUGAUCACAUAAGACAAAGGCUUGCAAAUACAUUGGAGCCUAGGGAUAUUACUGAACAUGGCCCGUCAUAUUGGUCAAGUAUAGGGCAAAGCGAUCCUUCUGCUACUGAGAGUUUGCUUUAUCGGCUGUAUUCCAAAAUAUGUCUUGUCACAGAGAUUCAUGUCCAACCAUUCCAAGAUUAUCUUAAUGACGGCUUCCCUAUAUAUUCAGCUAAAGCUAUCCAAUUCAAAUAUGGUUGGACAAGUGACCCCAUUGAAAUAGAUUCAAAGUUUAUUUUCCGUGAUAAAAUGGCUUUUAGUAGGCAUGGCAUAUGUACAUAUGAUUCGCCUGUAUUUCCAAUGUCUCAGGAAAACAAGUUACAGCAUUUCAAGCUACCUGAACCUGUUUUGUGCAUUGGAGGUUUUCUGGUAGUGAGGCUGUUAGGAAGUGUUCAAAAAAAUGGAAAGGAUAAUUUAUUCUACACAUGCAUCUCCCAUGUUAAAGUUGUUGGACAAAUAAUUUCUCCAGAAUUUAUUGUGAGGAGAGGAGGAUUCGACGACAUGGAAGCUGUAGCUUCAAAUAUUUCCAGCAUACAAGAUGGUGUGGGUGUGGGUAUGUGACCCGCUCAUAAGUGGAUGAACUAAAUUGUUUUUACAAUGGCACUUUCAAAGGAUUUUUACUUUUAGUAUAUUAUGUUAAAUGACAUUAUUGAUUUGAAUUUAUUAUAGCAUCGAUUACUUUAUGAAUUUAUAUAAAUAAAAUUUCAUACUUGAUGAUA